AUGUCGUUGAAUGGGCUUGAUACCGCCGCGGUCGUGGAAGCCUACCAAGGCGCCCUGACCGAUGCGGGCGGGUGGUUUCUGUUGCAUUAUGUGGCCAGAGACGAGGUGACCCUGCUCGAACGAGGAACAGGCGGGGUGCCUGAGAUUCGAAAUGCGAUCGAGAACUACGAGGAAUGCUCGCCGCUCUACGGCUUCCUCCAAUAUCGACGCAGGAAGGUGAUCAUCCGCUAUAUGCCAGAGGGGCUAUCGCGCCUGAUCCUAGCUCGAAGCAAUGUCCAAUUCACUUCCGUCACCGACAAGUUUACCCCAAACGACACCGUGCUUCCUUUAUCCAAAGCCUCCGAACUCACCGAAAGCGCCCUGUCGUCCGCAUGUCUCCUCCACACCGCUUCGACCUCAAUCACCUCCUCGUCCAGUUCCCUCCGCCGUCGUCGGCUGAUGGAAAUCACCGAAGAUGCAGAGGAAUCUGGCAAUAAGGAUGAGGCCCCGCGGCCGAUGCAGACUCCUCAGAGAGCUCCGAUGGCGAACCAUCAACGAUCAGAGAGCAUCCAAUCUGAAGCCACUAUAGUCCCACCUCCUGAAGAAACACCACCGGAACUACAAGCGAUGUCACCGGAUAGCGAUAGAAUCGUUGAGGAACCAAUUGCCGCACCAUCGCGAGCAAGCUCGAGAGCUCCGUCUCAAAGAACCCCCAAUGAGACGAUGCUCCCGCCAUCGCGGGCAAGUUCAAGAGCUCCAUCUCACAGAACUCCCAGCGAACCUCACGGAAGCCCAAGCGAAUCCUCCUCGGCAGCACAAUCCCCCAAGUCAAGCGACCUCGAACGCACUAGUUCUCGAUACCGCAACAUUCUCGAUGAAUUUCCCCGUCCGUCAGAGGAGGCACGCAUGUCGACUCAAUCCGCACGUCCUUCCCUUCGCGACUUGGAACGCGCCGCUGGAUUCACCCCAAAGGUCAAAUUAGGACCCCGGCCGUCUGUUGACAGCAAUGGAAGACCUCGCACAGCAGGCAGCACUAGGAAUGCAGACCAGAGGCCUGUCGCAUCGUUGCCUACAAAUAUGCGCUCUUCGUCCGUACGGAAGCCGAACCCUGAUGCCCCUCGCCCUCGAUCUCAGGGAAGCACAUUCGUUAUUAAACCUACUAGUCGUGUACCACCAGUCCCGCCUCUGCUUGUUCCGCCUCCGUCAAUUCCUAUCUCCAGACCUCAGCUAUCUCCGGGUGCCAAGUCUCUAGGGGCAUUGUCUACUUCGUCGGGAUUGACUCCUGAGAAAGAACGGUUGAUGAAAGCCUUGCAACAGAGAAAGAAGAACAUGGCCAAGCGGGCUGAAGAGAUCAAGAAGAAGCAGCAAGAUUCUGAGGGAAAGAAGCCCGUGAAAGAGAUUCAGCCACUAGAGGAGAACAAGGAGAAUCUCGCGGAAGCUCUUCCGCUUGAAUUUGAAAGGCCGGGGAUCGAAACGGUUCAACAAGAUCAACCUGAGACUCUCACGAAAGAAACCCCAUUGGUUCCCGAGCCUGUCCCUGAACCGGUUCCUGAAUCGACUCCCGAGUCUACCCCUGAGCCGACGACUAUUGAGCCAACUAUUGAGUCAAUUAUCGCGCCAACUACUGACCCAGUUGAGGCCGUUCAGGAGACUGUUACCGAGCUUGUCCCUGAAAUGACACCCGAAUCUACCUCUGGGCCCACGGCUGAGUCUGUUGAGGCUUCUCCCGAUUCUGUUCUAGAAGCUGUGGAACCUUCUCCCGAAGCAGCCGCGGAGCCUAUAUCGGACUCUAAUUCCCAGGAGGAGUCUGUCGUCAGUUCUGAAACAGAGCAGUGUCAAUCAGAACCGACCGCUGAUGUUCCUGUGACCGAGCCUGAGGCUAUCUCAGCUUCGCCUGUCGCGUCUGAUCCCGAUACUAUGGCUUCUGAGCCCAUUACUACUCUCGUUGAGAGUGUUCAGGCCGCAACACCGCAGACACCCCCUGAAGCUGAAACGCGCCUUGAGGACUCCGCAAUCCCUGAUCUUGCCCCACCUAGCACUGUCGACGUCCCACUUCAAAAUGAAUCCUCCGAAGUCCCAGAACCGGAAUCUGAGGACCCUCCAUCCCAUUUCCAAUUUUCUAUUCCACCCGUGGCAGAUUCACUGGACACAUCUGAGCCUCCUGUGGAAUCUGUUCCUGUUCCUGACACUCCCUCUAUCACCCCUCCUGAAGUCGCCAACGAGCUUCCGGUCGCGCCUGUUUCUGUCUCUGUCGAGCCUAGUCCGGUAGACGAAGUUGCCCCUGAGUAUCCCCCUGUCCAGAAGACCGAGUUUCUUCCUUUGGACCAGAGGCGGCGGGCCCACUUGGAGCCUAUUCAAGUCCCCACCCUAGAAUACUCCGACGACGACAACCUCCUUUCUGACGAUUCCUUCAUGGAAGAGCUAACAUCAGCCACUGUUCAGGAGGCUAGACCGGUUUCUGUCAAAUCCCCUCACGGUGGUGACCAUGGUUGGCGGAGCUCUCGUGCUGUCUCGAGCCCAUACUCUGUCGCGUCCCCCUCCGCCAUGCACGCGCUGGCAGUAGGAAGAUCGGUUUCUAGCUCUUAUAGUGAGAAUGGCCCUCCUACGCCGGUACUCAUGGCCAAGAAGAUCAAUGUCUCCUCCGGAAUCUCGAGUCGUAUCAAAGCUCUAGAAAAGUUUUCAAGUCGGGAGGGCACUCCCAUGGGCUCGAGUCCGACCGUGUCUGGACCGUCGGCUGCCUCAUCUUUUGAGAACCUUCGCAAGCGCGCCUCUAUCUCGUUGCCCAGCGGAACCGAUGUCCUUUCAUCAUCAACUAUGCACGCCGCUCAGCCACAAGACUUUAGCCGCCCCCCAAGCGUGAGCCGCCACGACUCUCGUCGGAUGUCUAUUGAUGCCAUGCGCCGCGCAAACUCAGUCUCCGUGACGGCCCGUAUUGUACGUGACUCAGACAUAUCCCCAGGCUCUUCCGGAGUCGAGCCUUCGGAGUCUGAUGUUCUCGGCCUCCACGCCAGUCCACUGACCGUUGAGCACGAGAUGGCCGAUGAGCCUGUGUCAUCUACGGCGUCAAUCACUUCGGCCUCUCGUCUUGAGGACCGAAGCAUGUCAAUGUCAUCGACGGGGUCUGGUCGUCCACCUUCGUCUCGCCCCGGAAGCCGACUCUCUUUGUCAUCUCGACCGAGGACUAGCGAAGCUGCCCAAUCUGCAUCCCCUACCUCUGAAGACAAGAAAGCAUCUCGCGCUUCGCGCCUCAUGCGACGUAUGUCCUCCAUCACAUCCACUUCUCGUCGUAGCAUCAUUGGUGCCCUAAGCUCACCAGUCAAAGAAGAAGAGUACGUUCCUUCAUUUGGAAAAAGUGAGACCCCGAAAUCCCCCGCGUCUCCUACUGCCGAGCCCAUCGAUAUCGGCGAAGUCAAUGUCCAGUUCCCAGACACUCUCCUUUGGAAGCGACGAGUCAUGCGCAUUGACGAGAAUGGAUUCGUCGUUCUCACUCCCGGUACCAACGACGCCGCCACCCGCAAUAUGACCAAACGCUACCAUCUCACCGAGUUCCGGAGACCUUGUCUACCCGACGAAGAUAUGCAGGAACUGCCCAACAGCAUCCUGCUCGACUUCCUGGACGGGAAUACGCUCCAGUGUGCUUGUGAAUCUCGCCAAGGACAAGCAUCUACUUUGCAAACCCUCAUCGACGCCCACAGCGCCCACCAGCAAUAA